AUGGUGGGCUUUAACACACUGCUCUCGCUCCUCUCUCUGGCGCUGCCGCUUGUCUCGAGCCACGGUAUUGUGUCCAACCCCUUCGCAGAGUUCAAGGCCAACGUCAUGCACACGACAUACGUGGCCGAAAUCCAAGCUUUCCUCCCCGGCAAGUUCAACGGUUCGCCCCAAAACAACGCUGCCAACUUCAACAAGGCGUUCAAGGCCCAGUCCAAGUACAAGACGCUUCGUGCUUUGCUGGACCAGCAUGGCCCUGACUGCGGCAACACGCUCACCAACGUCGCCCGAAAGGAGAUCCCGAGCAACGGCAAGAUGACGUUUCAAAACCCCGACACGGGUGAAGGCUUCAUCUUGAGCCACACGGGUCCGUGCGAGGUCUGGCUCGACAACAAGCGCGUGUUCCAGAACGACGAUUGCGCGACCAACUUUCCGGCCAAACCGGCGGCCAACCUCCCGGUCGACUACUCAAGCUGCGGCGCCAAGGGCUGCAUGCUGCGCUUCUACUGGAUUGCUUUGCAUUCGCCGCGGUGGCAAGUCUAUAAGAACUGCGUGCCGCUUCUCGGUUAUGGCCAGAAGCCAGCCAAGAAGCCAACGGUGCCGAUGUGGGGCCAAUGCGGUGGCCGCGCUUACAUUGGGUAUACGACGUGCGUGUCGGGCACCCGCUGCACCCGUAUCAACGAUGGCUACUUUCAGUGCCGCCCGAACCGUCUUCUUCGCGACGAGUAG